UAGUUUUACAUAAGAAGUUUAAUGUCUGCAAUCUAAAAGACUAGUCUGUAAAUCCAUGACAUUAAUAUUCACACUUUCACAUAAGAAUUGUACAUUAUGUGUAUUCAAAUAUUUUAAAUGAUUUGAUUGUUUACAUUUUGAAAACUUAUUUUUUUAUUAUUAGAUAAAAAUAGAAUAUAGUUAUCGGGAAAUACAAUUCCGCAAACUGUAGAGUCGAAUAUGAAAGUUUAGAUCCGAUUCCCAUUGCCUUGAUGCUACAGUACCGGUGUGGAACGUAAAUAGACAAUUUUACACACAGUGGCAUAUUGUGUAUUUAUCUAAAAUAUAGUGUAAAUAAUUCAGUGAUAGUUCUAAACUUCCAUAAAAAUCAACAAUGAGUGGAGAAGAAGCUAUUGGACCAGAUGGAGUACCUCUGUCAAAAAAAGCUUUGAAAAAACAGCAGAAAGAAGCAGAAAAGGCAGCCAAAAAAGCUCUGCACAAAAAGCCAAAUGAAGGAGAAAAAGAGGAACAAGAGCAGGAAGACUUAUCCAAAGGACACUAUGGCGUGUUACCCUUGAAUCAGUCACAAGAGCGAAUUCAGCGUCGAUUGUACAAAGUCUCGGAGUUAGUACCCGGCAUUGCUGGGCAGAAAGUUUGGGUUAGAGGAAGAUUGCAUACAUGUCGCAGUAAAGGUAAACAAUGUUUUUUUGUGAUUCGACAACAGAAGUGGACAAUUCAGGUCAUGGCAGCUCAGAGUGAAGUUGUUAGUAAGCAGAUGAUUAAAUUCAUUUCUGGAAUCACAGCGGAGUCCAUCAUUGAUGUAGAGGGUGUGGUACAGACAGUUAGUCAGAAAAUCCAAUCCUGCACUCAACAAGAUGUGGAGUUGCAUGCUCACCAGGUUUGGGUUGUCAGUGCCGCUGAACCUAGAUUACCUCUGCUGAUUGAGGAUGCUAGUCGUCCAGAGGGAGAAGGUGAGCUGGCCACUGUAAACCAAGACACAAGGCUGGACAACAGAGUUCUAGAUCUGCGCACUUUGACUAGUCAGUCUAUUUUUAGAUUGGAGGCUGGUGUAUGUCGUCUCUUCCGUGACUAUUUGACAUCAAAGGGAUUUGUUGAAAUCCACACCCCUAAGAUUAUCUCAGCUGCAUCUGAAGGUGGAGCCAAUGUUUUUGAAGUGACUUACUUUAAGAGCAAAGCAUACAUGGCCCAGUCCCCGCAGCUGUAUAAACAGAUGGCUGUAUGUGCCGAGUUUGACAAAGUCUUCACAGUGGGUUCAGUGUUUCGUGCUGAAGAUUCCAACACUCAUAGACAUUUAACAGAGUUUAUUGGCCUAGAUCUGGAAAUGGCUUUCAACUAUCACUACCAUGAAGUUCUAGAGGUGAUAGGAGAUAUGUUUGUCAACAUCUUUAAAGGUCUACAGGAACAGUACGCAGAGGAGAUUAGUUUAGUCAAUAAACAGUUUCCUGCAGAACCAUUUAAAUUUUUGGAACCAAGUUUAAUCCUGAACUACAAAGAUGGUGUGGAGAUGCUGAAACAAGCUGGCAUUGAGAUGGGGGAUGAAGAAGAUCUUUCAACACCCAAUGAGAAGUUACUGGGCAGAUUAGUGAAAGCUAAGUAUGACACUGAUUUCUUUAUCCUGGACAAAUUCCCACUAGCUGUUAGACCUUUCUACACCAUGCCCGAUCCACAAAAUCCUAAAUGGUCCAAUUCUUAUGACAUGUUUAUGAGAGGGGAAGAGAUUUUGUCUGGGGCUCAGAGAGUUCAUGACCCAGAGUUCCUCAUUAAAAGAGCUCAAGUGCACAAAAUUGAUCUGGACAAGAUCAAAGGAUACAUUGACAGUUUUAGAUAUGGUGCUCCACCUCAUGCUGGGGGUGGUAUAGGUUUAGAGAGAGUGACUAUGCUGUAUCUAGGACUGGACAAUAUCAGGAAAACAUCACUGUUCCCUCGUGACCCUAAAAGGCUGACCCCUUAAAUAUGAUUCUCAGUUGAGCUCUUCAUAAAAAUCGUGACAUUAGAACUGAAAAAAAAAAACUUACUUCUGAUUAACAUUAAGGCAAAACUAUAUCAUUUCCUGCUUUGCCAAUUUGUUGACUUCUCAAAGUGUAGCUUCAAAAAUAUUUCCCUUCCUAUUAUUGUUAACUUAUAUUGAAUGCUGUGUCUGUCACAUAUUGACCAUGUCCUAUUGAAUGCUGUGUCUGUCACAUAUUGACCAUGUCCUAUUGAAUGCUGUGUCUGUCACAUAUUGACCAUGUCCCAUUGAAUGCUGUGUCUGUCACGUGUUGACCAUGUCCUAUUGCAUGCUGUGUCUGUCACAUAUUGACCAUGUCCUAUUGAAUGCUGUGUCUGUCACAUAUUGACCAUGUCCCAUUGAAUGCUGUGCCUGUCACAUAUUGACCAUGUCCUAUUGAAUGCUGUGUCUGUUACAUAUUGACCAUGUUCUGUUGAAUGCUGUGUCUGUUACAUAUUGACCAUGUUCUGUUGAAUGCUGUGUCUGUUACAUAUUGACCAUGUUCUAUUGAAUGCUGUGUCUGUAAUAUGUUGAACAUGUCCUAUUGAAUGCCGUAUCUGUCACAUAUUGACCAUGUCCUAUUGAAUGCUUUGUCUGUUACAUAUUGGCCAUGUUCUUGAUCAUGUUCUUGUUCUGUUGUAAAGCCUACCAUUAACUUAUUUGUUGUGUGUAUAUGAAGUCAACAUAAAUUAUUACUUAGUGUCAGAUCUACAUCAGUAGAUUAAAAGUCACAAUCAGACUUAAAUAAGUGCAGAGAAGUUCAGAGUGGAGUGAACUCGACAAAAAGAAUAAUGCAUAUAUCAUGUAAAAAUGCAGUUUUAUUUUUAACACGUAGUUGUAUCUGCCUAGAUAGUUCAGACCUAAUUUUCAAUCAAAUUUUCUAAGACAAUGGUAGAAAUUUUUAGUUAUUUGAAUGCUAGAAUAUUUUUGUAUGUGAUUGCAAAAUGUACCAAAAUAAAAACUAUGUUGAAGACAA